UCAUUUUGCAGAAACUUUGUGUUUAUAAUCGUCCCCCACUGCUGUCCUCAGGAGCACCAAGAGCCUGAAUUAAUCAGAGUUAAGACGUGUCAAUCUUUGACGGAGUGGAAAAAAAGCAGGCCGACGGCCAUUCAUUCAGCAAACAACCAGUAAACGCUUUUAAUGAGUGCCCUUCCAAGAAAAGUCAUAAGCUGCUGUCUCCAACAAGAAAAUCGUCAACGAAAACUAGCUUCGAUUUGUCGCUGAUUGGCUGAUAGGGGGCGAGCAAGAGCAAGUCCCUUCAAGUCAGCUGCAAUUUUGCGAUAAGCUGUACAUCAACGCCUCAAACUGACGCCGACACCGACCAAAAUGUCAACGGAGCGCGAGCUGGCUCCUGGCGGGCCAGCUCAGCUCCUGACGCACACGCUGCCGUUGACAUUUCCCGAUCUCCAGAUCAACACCACCGUGGGCAUCAUUGGAAAGGUCUACGAGUCACAGUGGACCCCCUCGCCCACGCGGGCUCAGAGUCCCUCUCAGGCGCAGACUAGCUUCGAAACGCUCACAUCACCACCAGCGCCGGGUUCUUCGGUCAAUCCCACCGCUGUAACCAGCCCAAGUGCCCAGAAUGUGGCAGCUGGGGGUGCCACUGUGGGUGCGACGGCCUCAUCAGCAGCCUCCCAGGUGGCGUCCACCCUGGGAACCACAACCGGGACUGUGACUGCUGCGAUUGCCACCGCUACUCCGACCACCAAUCCGGAUAUGCCCGUCUUCACAUGUCCGCGUCGCCCCAAUCUGGGACGCGAGGGCAGGCCGAUCGUACUUCGAGCCAAUCACUUUCAGGUGACGAUGCCUCGCGGCUAUGUGCAUCAUUACGAUAUCAACAUACAGCCGGACAAGUGUCCGCGCAAGGUGAAUCGCGAGAUUAUCGAGACCAUGGUGCAGGCGUACAGCAAGAUCUUUGGCGUUCUGAAACCUGUAUUCGACGGACGGAACAACCUGUACACCCGCGAUCCUCUGCCGAUUGGCAACGAGCGCCUCGAGCUGGAGGUGACACUGCCCGGCGAGGGCAAGGACCGCAUCUUUCGCGUGACGAUCAAGUGGCAGGCCCAGGUCUCGUUAUUCAACCUGGAGGAGGCUCUGGAGGGUCGCACGCGUCAAAUACCCUACGACGCCAUCCUUGCCCUGGACGUGGUCAUGCGACAUCUGCCGAGCAUGACCUAUACGCCAGUUGGACGCAGCUUUUUCAGCUCGCCGGAUGGCUAUUAUCAUCCUCUGGGUGGUGGCCGUGAGGUCUGGUUCGGUUUCCAUCAAAGCGUGAGGCCCUCGCAAUGGAAAAUGAUGCUGAACAUUGAUGUCUCGGCCACUGCUUUCUACAAGGCUCAACCCGUGAUUGACUUUAUGUGCGAGGUGCUGGAUAUACGCGACAUCAUGGAGCAGCGCAAGCCGCUCACAGACUCGCAGCGGGUCAAGUUCACCAAGGAGAUCAAGGGACUCAAGAUUGAGAUCACGCACUGCGGCCAGAUGCGGCGCAAGUAUCGUGUCUGCAAUGUAACCCGCCGACCGGCUCAAAUGCAAUCAUUCCCACUGCAGUUGGAGAAUGGUCAAACUGUGGAGUGCACUGUGGCCAAGUAUUUCCUGGACAAGUAUCGAAUGAAGUUGCGCUACCCCCAUCUGCCGUGCCUGCAGGUGGGACAGGAGCACAAGCACACCUAUCUGCCCCUCGAGGUGUGCAACAUUGUGGCUGGCCAGCGAUGCAUCAAAAAGCUCACGGAUAUGCAGACCUCGACGAUGAUCAAGGCCACUGCACGCUCGGCACCGGAUCGCGAGCGUGAGAUCAACAACCUGGUGAAGCGUGCGGACUUUAACAAUGACUCGUAUGUCCAGGAGUUCGGUCUGGCCAUCUCCAAUUCGAUGAUGGAGGUGAGGGGACGAGUGCUACCGCCGCCCAAGCUUCAGUAUGGGGGACGUGUGUCCACUGGCAUCACCGGGCAGCAGUUGUUUCCGCCCCAGAAUAAGGUGAGCCUUGCCUCGCCCAACCAAGGUGUCUGGGACAUGCGCGGCAAGCAGUUCUUCACGGGCGUGGAGAUCAGGAUCUGGGCCAUUGCCUGCUUUGCCCCGCAGCGAACAGUGCGCGAGGAUGCCUUGAGGAACUUCACCCAGCAGCUGCAGAAGAUCUCAAACGACGCCGGUAUGCCGAUAAUAGGCCAGCCCUGCUUCUGCAAAUAUGCUACGGGGCCGGAUCAAGUGGAGCCUAUGUUCCGAUACCUGAAAAUCACCUUCCCGGGGCUGCAGCUCGUAGUGGUUGUGCUGCCCGGCAAGACCCCGGUCUAUGCGGAGGUCAAGCGCGUGGGCGACACCGUCUUGGGCAUGGCCACCCAGUGUGUACAGGCGAAGAACGUGAACAAGACAUCGCCCCAGACGCUGUCCAAUCUGUGUCUGAAGAUCAACGUCAAGCUGGGCGGCAUCAAUUCGAUUCUGGUGCCCUCCAUCCGGCCCAAGGUAUUUAACGAGCCCGUUAUCUUCCUGGGAGCUGACGUCACACACCCACCAGCCGGCGAUAACAAGAAGCCAUCGAUUGCUGCUGUUGUUGGUUCAAUGGACGCCCAUCCGUCGCGAUAUGCGGCCACUGUGCGAGUACAGCAACACCGCCAGGAGAUCAUCCAGGAGCUGAGCAGCAUGGUGCGCGAGCUACUGAUUAUGUUCUACAAGUCGACGGGUGGCUACAAACCCCACCGAAUCAUCCUGUACCGGGACGGCGUCUCCGAGGGACAGUUCCCGCAUGUGCUGCAGCACGAGUUGACCGCCAUAAGGGAGGCGUGCAUCAAGCUAGAGCCCGAAUACAGGCCAGGCAUCACAUUCAUCGUAGUCCAGAAGCGCCAUCACACGCGACUCUUCUGCGCCGAGAAGAAGGAGCAGAGCGGCAAGUCUGGCAAUAUACCGGCCGGCACCACCGUCGACGUGGGCAUCACGCAUCCAACCGAAUUUGAUUUCUAUCUGUGCAGUCAUCAGGGCAUUCAAGGCACCAGCCGGCCCUCGCACUACCACGUGCUCUGGGAUGACAAUCACUUUGACUCCGACGAGCUUCAGUGCCUCACGUAUCAGCUGUGCCACACCUAUGUGAGGUGCACGCGCUCCGUCAGUAUACCAGCUCCAGCCUACUAUGCCCACUUGGUGGCUUUUCGUGCAAGGUAUCAUCUGGUGGAGAAGGAGCACGACUCCGGCGAGGGCUCACACCAGAGCGGAUGCUCAGAGGAUCGGACACCGGGAGCUAUGGCCAGAGCCAUCACGGUCCAUGCGGACACGAAGAAGGUCAUGUACUUUGCCUAAAAAGUAGCCAAAUUACCGAACCACAAACCCCAACAAAGAAACCCCAAGAAAACAAUAACAAAAAUCAAAAAUUAAAAAUCAACUUCGAAAUUCAAUUCGAAUAAGCAAAGAGAGAUGGAGAGAAAGAGAGUACCUCCCCACCUCCCCAAUAACCCUCCCAAAUCCCUCCUCAAAUCAGAAAAGCCAAGCAAAGAGAAAGUUUAACGUUUAAGUUUAGAAAGUGAGAGAGAGUUUAAGGAGUAUAUAAGGAAUAUCUUGCAUGCAUUAGUUUUAGGGCAAAACGACACAACAAAAACCCACAGCAAACACUCAAACACACACACACACAGAGAUCGACUCAAGGAGGGCUACAAAAACGUGAAAAUGAAAUCGCGACACGACAACGUGAAGAAUUGAUUAUAGACAUAGGGAAUAGGGGAUCGGGAAGGAAAUCGAAUGUUAAUGCACAACAAAAUGUGAAAAUUCUCAACAGAAGCAUAGCAAACAAAGCGAAAAGGCGAAAGGCUAAAAAAAAAAAAUGGAAAACCAUUUUAACAAAAACUAAACUUAAAGGGAACAAAACUACGAACGCAACACCAAAAGCCAAGCAGCAGCAUUAAUUAUCUAUCAUCAAACUUACUACAAGAACACCACGAGAGAGAGACACAACUUUUGUAAAUGUGGGGGGGAAACCAAUUAAAAAUACAAUAAAUUGUACAAUAUAUUUUUACAAAUAACGAAUUGAAGACAAAAGGGGGGGGAUGGAACGGAUGGAAUGAACAUUUGAAUAAGAAUGAAUGAACGCAUACGACCAAAGGUUUUUAGUAUACAAAAACGAAUGAAAAACAAAGCACACAAAAAACAAUUGAAUAUGUUUGCUGAUCGACGACUCACACAACAUACAACACACAAAAACCGCAAUAAAACACCACACCACACAACAACAAAUUAAAACUCUGAUUCUCUGUACUGUGAACGAAGACCACCACCAAAAUGAAAAUAAAGAUAAAGAUGAACAUUUAAGGGAAAACUAAACACCAAUAAGUGGGGGCACUCGACUCGACAAAGGCAUUAAAGCGCUGAAACACAACAUAGAAAAUACGAAACGAAAAUGAAUUAAAUACUUCAAUAACUAAAGUGCAGAUUAAACUGAAAACAUUUAAUAGUUUGUAAGAUUUGGCUCUACCAAAAAAACAAAGGAAAGAAGACGGACCGGACGGAUAUGAUAUAUAUAUAUAUAUAUAUAUAUAUAUAUAGAGAGAGAGAGAGAGAGAGAGCGGCAUAACGAUAAAUCCAAUUUCUACAAGGGACAAAACGUAUGGUAUAAACAAUUGCUAUUAAUAUUUACAUAGAUUUAUGACCAUCAACAAAUACACUGUACUAAUUAUAAUUUUUUUAAAGAAUCGGGGAAAUAACCAACCAAUACGAAUGCGAUACCGGAAAUACUUAAGCAUAUACAUACAUACGAUACAUCAAUUAUAUAUAUAUGUGUAUAUAUAUAUAAUUUGUUCAAAAGUGCAAAUAAUAUGCUGAUAUUUUGUGUUAGUCUUUAGUUAAUCUUUUUUUAUGCUCAGCGAGACACUCCCAUACCGCCAACGCCCGUAAAACACACACGAACUCUGAGUCCCACAGGCAUAUCACUCAAAUGUCCAAUCCACCCUUUAUUUAUGUACCUUAACCCGUAAGCUUAACUUAACGAUAUUUAAUUGUAUUUAAUAUUUUAAAUUUUUUUAGAGCAAAACCAUUAUUUGUUAUUUCCUCGCGUCGCUGGGGCGAGAGCAUCAAUGUAAUUUCGUAUUUAAAAUUAACAUUAGCCAAGUGGUGUACGGGUAAUAUAGAGCAAGGAAACCAACUGCUUCCCACUACACUGUGUGGGUGGCAACAACAUUUCAAUAUUUUACAAAGUAGUUUUAAUUUGCCAUUAAUUAAAUACAAAACAAAGAAACAAAACACAACAAACAAACGACAAGAGAAAAAUGCAAUAUGGAAAGAUGAAUAAUACAUAUUCUAUAUCGACGACACAGUUCAAGUUAACAUUAUAAUGAUUUGUUAUUAAAAUGCUAUGCAGGAGGAGAGCCAUCUCUCGCCGUCCCUCCUGCACCAGCACCUUAUUUAUACUUAUACUUAUACUUAUGUAUGUAUGCUAUGUACGAGUACAACCCACGCAAACCCCAACACAAUCAUCAAAUUAGGCUUAGUUUUGCCAGUCGCAUAAAUGAUGUGAGAAUUGUAAAAUUCAAAAUAUACAUAUAUAUAUAUAUAUAUAUUAUAUACAUUAA